AUGGGCUGUGCUAUUGGGCAGAUGGGCAGUGCUGGUGGGCAGAUGUGCUGUUCUAGUGGGCAGAUGGGCAGUGUUGUUGGGAAGAUGGGCAGGGCUUUUGAGCAGAUGGGCAUUGUUGGUGGGCAGAUGGGCUGUGCUAGUGGGCAGAUGGGCAGUGUUGUUGGAAAGAUGGGCAGGGCUUUUGAGCAGAUGGGCAUUGUUGGUGGGCAGAUGGGCUGUGUUGGUGGGCAGAUGGGCGGUUUAUGUGGGCAGAUGGGCAGUGUUGGUGGGCAGAUGGGCAGUGUCGGUGGGCAGCUGGGCAGUAUUGGUGGGCAGAUGUGCUGUGCUAGUGGGCAGAUGGGCGGUUUAUGUGGGCAGAUGGGCUGUGUUGGUGGGCAGAUGGGCAGUGUUGGUGGGCAGAUGUGCUGUGCUAGUGGGCAGAUGGGCGGUUUAUGUGGGCAGAUGGGCAGUGUUGGUGGGCAGAUGGGCAGUGUUGGUGGGCAGAUGUGCUGUGCUAGUGGGCAGAUGGGCGGUUUAUGUGGGCAGAUGGGCAGUGUUGGUGGGCAGAUGGGCAGUGUUGGUAGGCAGAUGGGCGGUUUAGGUUUGCAGAUGGGCAGUGUUGGUGGGCAGAUGGGCUGUGCUAAUGACCAGAUGGGCUGUGCUGGUGGGCAGAUGGGCUGUGUUGGUGGGCAGAUGGGCUGUGCUGGUGGGCAGAUGGGCUGUGUUGGUGGGCAGAUGGGCUGUGCUGGUGGGCAGAUGGGCUGUGCUAGUGGUCAGAUGGGCUGUUUUGGUGGGCAGAUGGGCAGUACUAGUGGGCAGAUGUGCUGUGCUAGUGGGCAGAUGGGCUGUGUUGGUGGGCAGAUGGGCUGUGCUGGUGGGCAGAUGGGCUGUGCUAGUGGUCAGAUGGGCUGUUUUGGUGGGCAGAUGGGCAGUACUAGUGGGCAGAUGUGCUGUGCUAGUGGGCAGAUGGGCUGUGUUGGUGGGCAGAUGGGCUGUGCUGGUGGGCAGAUGGGCUGUGCUAGUGGUCAGAUGGGCUGUUUUGGUGGGCAGAUGGGCUGUGAUGGUGGGCAGAUGGGCUGUGCUAGUGGUCAGAUGGGCUGUUUUGGUGGGCAGAUGGGCUGUGCUAUUGACCAGAUGGGCAGUGUUGGUGGGUAG